CUCAUGUAACCAUGGUGACAUAUAAACAUUUUCAUCAUUUCUUAUGAUUACUCUGAUUGGGAAUAUAAAGAAUACGCGGUUUAUUAUUGUUAAUAUUAUGAACUGUUGAAAAUAUAUACAUUUGAUGGGAUUUAUGAUCCUUAAAUAUAUUUAAAUUUCAUUUUGGAUCCAUGACAUUUGUGGAUUUUUGUGAAUCUCAAACCAGCUGAAGCAUCUACCACACAUAACUGAGAUCCGUUAAUUCCACCUUAAAUGUUAAGAAAAGCUAUCGAUUCAAUGUUGAUUUUACUACGUUUCGAUGAAAGAAAAGACUAUUGCAGCUCAACAUCACAAAAUUGGCUAUGGAAUCCUUCUGAUGUACACGCUGUACCUCCUGCUUCUGCUAAUGAUGCUGUUCAUUUCACUAGUAAAGACAAUGUUGAUAAAAGUCAGUUUCAUGAAAUGAUUGGAAACAGUGUUUCGAAGAUAACAACUCCAUUAUUAAAUGAUUUUAAUGAUAACCUGUCGGGUGAUAAAGAUUACAAGGAGAUUUCUAUGAAGACAACUCGUGCAAAAUCAAUACCGCUUCGUAAUUCAGGGAUGAAUAGUACUCAUAAUGCAUUGAAAAAUGAUAGUAACAAUAGGUAUAGUAGAAGAAGGCUAGGCAGAAAUCAAUUUAUGCAUGUACGUUUGCAUAGUUAUGAUGAAAGUGUUAAUAAAAUGCAGUCGAGUGAAUUGACUUAUUGUGAAGAGAAUGAAUUUGGUACAGAUGUAACAUAUUUGGCUUUAAGUGAAUUUACUAAUUCAGCUGAUCAAUUGAACAGUUUUAUAAAGACGGUGGAAACUCCAACGACACUAACUCCUAUCACUGGUACUAUCACUGUGCCUCCCAUAGCCACAGAAGUAAAUCGAAAAGACUGUUCCAAAUCCCUCUAUUUACCUCGACUGUUGCCUCCACCUCCAUCAGCAACACAAAUGAAAAUGACACCACAGGAUCAUCUAAAACCACCGAUAACAACAGUGUUAUCACCAACAUCUUCAGCAAGACAACAUACAUAUAACAAUAACAACAAUAAUAAUAAUAACUUUAAAAGUACACCAACAGAAUUAGACAAUCCUCGAUUUUCAGUUAAUUUCAAUGACACAUUGUAUGAGGAGCUAAUAUGUGGGCAGUUAAAACAGUCUUCACCACCUCACUACAAUUAUCAUCAAGAAAAUAACAGAGAUCAACAUGUGAAAAUACAAAGUUACCAAGAUUCGGAUCUUAUAUUAUUCCCGGAAUUGAAUGUCAUUGGUCGUGAUGAUACGCCUAGUCAUAAGACAAACCUACAGGGGAAUUCCAACUGCUUUAACAAACUUGAUCAAUCAGAGAAACUUAUGUAUACAACUCCAAUGACUGGUGCAUCUGACGCCAGGAAUUCAAUGAUUCUGAACUCUGGAAGUCAACAUGACACCACUGCGAACAUCAAUGAAACAAUGACAAUUCAUGAUUCAUUGAAUAACAAUCAUGCCUUAUUCAAUAACUAUUCCCCCUAUAAACUGUAUUCACCAAAUGUUCACUUUAAUACAAGUCGUUCAAACAGUGGGCAAACACUGGUUGAUCCAGAUGCUGACAAAAAUUAUCGUCGAUCCAGACUACACAGAUCAUGUAAGCCAACAAGACAGAGAAGAUCAAAUUCUUCAUCAAAUUGUCAGUCAUUAGCGUCAAUCUCAUCUUCCAACUCAUGUUUUAUGAAUACAUAUGAUAGCAUUUCGAAAUGUCAAUAUCAAAAGCAUUGGUCAUUUACCUUUUAUGAUUUUGAAGAUGAGCAUAACACAAAAGAGGAUGACACAGCACUGAUUCACUCAAUUUUCGCCAUAGUCGCAGCUAGAUUACGUCAUAAAACAAAUGGUUCCAAGGGAUAUAUCAAAAAAUUAUCAGAAUAUGACAAACUAGAUCACAGCUGUCACAUAAAUACGAAUGCCAACAAUUCAAGAAGUCAGACAGCAGACAAGAAAAUCCACCAGCAUCUUAAACUUGGUAGUUUUGGUUCAAAUGAUGCUCAAAAACAAUCAAUGAAUUUUAAUAAUAAUGACGACAUUGUUGAUAAAGAUGAACACCAAUUAUGGCGAUUAUGUAUUAAAUGGAAUCCUAGUGAUUUCUCGAGGAAAUCAGCUGUUGCCUCAAUGAAUAAUCAUAAUAAUGCAAGCGAUAAUAGAAAUGACAACAUCCCAACACCUGGAGAUAUUCACACAAUGACGAGUAAUGGCGCAGAAGGCAAUAAACUGAAAAAGACGCAUAUCCUUGCCACACUUGGUACUAAAAUCGAUAAAAACACUUCAUGGAGUGAUAAAUCCACAUUAUCAUUAUCUUCCUUAGAUAUGAAAAGAACUGGUCAUCAUAAUAGAAGGAAAAGGCGAACAACACGCAAACAUCGAGCCACAACAACGGCAACAACACUAUUAUCUCGAAAGAAUUUAUUCCAUCAAGCUAUGCAUAAAUCUAAUCAAAGCAAUCUAAUCGCCUGUUCGCUUUGUCAACAACAAAGCUUUAAGAGUAAUCAUAAAGCAAAGAAAAUUGUGUCCAACAAUACGAAUGCCGAACAAGAAGAACAAAGAGGAGGCGGAGAAGAGGAAGGUGGAGAAGGAAGAGACGAAGAUAAUGAACAGGUGGACAAACGCGAAUUCCAUUUCUUAUCAACCGAUCAAACACACUGUGUUAAUGGGAACUUAAAUCAGAAACAUUCAUUUGAUUGCAAACUAAAGAGGCAUAAACAAAGUAGAAAUUCAAAAUGUUCAUAUAAUCAGCAACACUGUUUACAACAUUGCCCCCUAAAACUGAAUGAGAAUAGUAAAUUUAAACGAAACAGUUGUCAUAUAUUAUCAACUUCUCAGUUCAAUUAUCAUAAUUACAAUCAGAGUUUAUGUUGUAGACAAUUUACACCCUGUUGUAAUUAUACUACUGAUGAAUUAUGCCUUAAAACAAAUUGUAAUAACAUUCAGUGGAAUGCUCAUCAAGCUUAUUCAAGAGAAAAUACUCAGUGUGAUCAUUUGAAGUGUUGUACAUCAACCAUAAAUGAUCGAUUUGAUCCACCAACAACAACAAUGUUACACUGUCAGUGUUGUUUGAAUACGCAUAAAGUAGAAUGUAAUGGACAGAAAUCGAUAGAAAUGUGUAAUAAUACUGCCGGGGAUUUCAUAAGCGAUAAAUUAGUGGCUACAAAUACAAAUGCCAAUUGUUUUAGAAAUCAUACAUCUACACCAAUGUUUUGUUGUCAUCAUUGUCGGCAAUGGUUUGUUCCAUUAUGGAGUCAAAUCAAUUGUUCAAGGAAUAGAAAGCGUAUUUCAAAGGAUGACAGGAUAGCAUACAACCUCCAGAAUCAUCAAUCAUACCAUCGUUCGUCGAGUCAACCACAGACAAAAACUGAAAGAAUGAUUCAAAACCAAUCUUCUGACCAGAUAAAACCUAUAAAACAAACCUGUGAAUACCAUGGCCAUAACAUUUCUCCGGACAAAACUACCUGUAUGCAUACUAGUACAGGGUAUAACAAACAAAUUCCCUUGGCAAACCGACAACAACAGAAACGUCAUAUCAAAAAACGUGCCAAAUCUGUCCUACCCAUGUAUUCUACAUUUAGUGAUACAAACAAUGGGAUACGUGAGUCACCAGUUAAAUCCACUGCCUGCCCCAUGGCUUCAAACAGUAUUCACACAGAAUUUAAUCAUAAUCUACUUAUGAAUACUAACAAGACACCAUUGCAUCCUUAUAUUCAUGAACAAUGCAUAAAUUUUAAACAAAAUAACAAAUUUAAACGUCAUAAUCGUAAAUAUUUAGGUCAGUUAAAUGUUCAAGAAUGGUUAGGUAAAACAUUGAUUAAAAAGUAUUGAACCUGUUGAACAUUUGUGUUGUUCUGCUUUUAAUCUUGAAACAUUUUUCUACUUGUAAUACAAAUAUGGAUGCUUGUUUUAUUUGUAAAUCUUCUUUAUGAAAGAGAAAUACUUUGAUAUGUACAUAUUACAAUAUAGAUGUAUG